AUGGCACUCGAUUGUUACAAGAUCUUGCAACUUGAAAACACAGCUACUCUUGCUGAUAUCAAAAAAGCCUAUCGUAAGCUUGCACUUCAAUUCCAUCCGGACAAGCAACCUACCAAUGCUACACCUGAACAACUCGAAAAAGCCAAUGCCUCAUUCCAACAACUAGGUAUGGCCUAUGCUGUCCUUAGCGAUCCUAAACGAAAAGAACGAUACGACAAGACAGGUGUAACAGAAGAAAGUUUAUUCGAAGAUGGAGAUAAAGAUUGGACAGCUUAUUUCAAAGAGUUAUGGUCUGGUAUCGUGAAUGAAGAGACAAUUGAAGCCCACAAAUCGAAAUAUCAAGGCUCCGAAGAAGAAAGACAAGAUGUUCUCAAGGCUUAUAACCAAGUCAAAGGUGACAUGGACAAAAUAUUGACCAUGAUUGAAUGCUCAUCAGCGAGCGACUGUCCCCGUUUUGAAAAAAUGAUUCGAGAAGCUAUUAAAAAGAAAGAAGUAGUUUUACACAAGAAACUCAAUCCAACCACCACAGAGAAAGCACAACAGGCACGCCUGAAAAAGGAAGCAAGAGAGCAAGCUGAAUUUGAUGCACAACAAAACGAAAAAGAAGAAGAUGGAUUAGCUGCUUUGAUUCAACAGAGAAAUAAAGAUAGACAGGCUCGAAUGGAUUCAAUCAUUGAUACAUUAGCGAAUUCAGAAAAGAAAAAAGGUAAAAAGAGAAAGCAGGAAGACAUGCCUUCUGAAGAAGAGUUUCAACAACUUCAAGAAAAACUGUUUAAAAAGAAGAAAUAA